UCCGGAGGGACUAGCAGCGAAUAUGUGGCUGCCUGCUGUGUGGUGAAGGCAGCAGAAAAGGUCCUGGUCACGGUUUUCUCGGGGGAGGGAUAUGAGAGAAAAUGUCCUGUGGAGGCCAGUGGCAGCCAGUGCAUUGAACAGAAGCUUGGGUGAGGUGUAUUUCCAUCACUGUGGAAAAGUUCUGGUUGCUUCAUCUCUGCCUCUAGAUCCAGCGUCAGAGCUUUUCGGGAAAAGCCAUGGCCUCAUCCACGACCACUAAGAAGAUGAGGGAGGAAGCCACCUGCUCCAUCUGCCUGAACCUCAUGGUUGAGCCGGUGAGCAUCAGCUGUGGACACAGCUACUGCCACUCAUGCAUAGUGGGCUUCAUUAAGAACCUACAGCGCAUGGAACCGUGGCUGGAGACGUUCUCCUGUCCUCAGUGUCGGGCUCCAUUUCAAAUGGCAAGCCUCAGGCCCAACAAGCAGCUGGGAAGCCUCAUUGAAGCCAUGAAGGAGAUGGACCAUGAAAUGCCAUGUGAGGAACACGGAGAGAAGCUCCACCUGUUCUGUGAAGACGAGGGCCAGCUCAUUUGCUGGCGCUGUGAACGGACACCACAGCACAAAGGGCACACCACAGGUCUUGUUGAAGAUGUAUGCCAAGGCUACAAGGAAAAGCUUCAGGAAGCUGUCACAAAAUUGAGGCAACUGGAAGACGAAUGUAUGAAUCUGAAGGUGUUCACAACAAAGCAAAUAACUGAAUGGAAAGAGAAGAUAAACAUUCAGAGGCAAAAAAUCCAGUCUGAAUUUAAGAAUCUCCAGAGCUUCCUGCGUGAGGAGGAGAAGGCUUACUUAUGGAUGCUAGAGAAAGAAAAAGAGCAGACUCUGAGGAGACUGAGAGACAAUGAGGCCAAUCUGGAACAGAAGAGCCAUGAACUUGAGAGCCACAUCCUGGAACUAGAGGCGAAAUGUCAGGGCUCAGCCCAGAAAUUGCUGCAGGAUGUGAAAGACACUUUGAGCAGGAGUUGGGCUGUGAAGCUGGAAACACCAGAGGCCAUCUCUACGGAGGUUCAUACUGUGUGCAAUGUUUCUGAGCUUUACUUUGAUGUGAAGAAAAUGUUAAGGAGCUAUCAAGUCAGCGUGACUCUGGAUCCAGAUACAGCUCAUCAUGAACUAAUUCUGUCUGAGGAUCGGAGACAAGUGACUCGUGGAGGCCCCCAGGAGAAGCCUGACACUUCAAGGAGAUUUAGUGCCUUACCCUGUAUCCUGGGCUGUGAGGGCUUCACCUCAGGAAGACAUUACUUUGAAGUGGAUGUGGGAGAAGGAACUGGAUGGGAUUUAGGAGUUUGUGAGGAAAAUGUGCAGAGGGACAUUUGCAUGAUGCAGAUUUCUCAGUCUGGAUUCUGGGCCAUCAGGCUGUGCAAAAAGAAAGGCUAUGUGGCCCUUACCUCUCCCUCAACUUCCCUGCAUCUGAAAGAGCGGCCCCUGGUUGUGGGGGUUUUUCUUGACUAUGAGGCCGGAGUUGUAUCCUUUUACAACAUGACUACUGGCUCCCACAUCUUCACCUUCCCAAAGGCCUCCUUCUCUGAUACUCUCCGGCCCUAUUUCCAGGUUUAUCAAUAUUCUCCUUUGUUCCUGCCUCCCCCAAAUGAGUAAGGAAAGGAGCAAAGUCUCCUUCUUGGUUUAACUAACAUAGAGAAUAUAAUGUAAAUCCUGUGAGGGCAGAAAUUUGGUCUGUUUUCUUCAUUGUUAUUUCCCAGUACCUAAAACAGUGCUAGGCUUUUAGUGAAGACUUAAUAAAUCUGAAUUGAAUUAAUGGAUAUAAAGACUGUAAAAAUACCACAGAUGGUCGGCCUGAGCUGGAGGAAAGAUAAUAGCAAUGAUCAUACAUUUCCCUCUCCAUCCCUCUUCAAUGGGUUCAGAGCUUUGAUUUCCAAGAGUCCUUGGGUGACCAGCAGGGUGACCCAGAGGUCAGGAAGUCUGAGUUCUUCCAGUUUGAUGCCAUUUGAACUCAUGGGUGGAGAGUAAGGGAAAGCUGCAAUUGUCUCUGCCAACUGAAAAAAAGAGCAGGAAAAUCAAAAUAGCAGUGACUCUUCUAACCACUAUGUUGAUUAAUAAUCUGAGCUUCAACCCUGGAUGACAUAGUAAGUGCAGAUGGCAACCAGAUCUAGUGAGCUCUGCCUGGGCAGUAAC